GUUAACACAACCUACCAAAACUCUGUAGCCAAUAAUAUUCAAUAUCCGCUAAUUUCGAAGGCUAGAAGGCUAGGGUUGAUUGUCACAUCCACUUAACUUUGACCUACAUAGUCUAAGUAUCUCACCCUACAUACUACAUAACACAUUCAUACAAGGCAUCUAACAUGUCCUUGUGACAACUUCGAGAUUUGAGAUUUUUUUCUCUAUUCAUUUUCAUACCUUUUUUUUCUUGUUUUUCUUUUUCACGAGUUACCUGGUCAAGUAGUCUGUGAACCUUGCCUCAGGCUACCUAGCUCGGUGCUUCUUUAUUCUUCAGCCCUCCCGCCCACGUCUGCCUACCUGACCACUUUCUUACCCUUCCUAUACAUACCCUCAUUAACGCCGCCUACUUUUUUUUUUCUUAUAUUUUCCUUAAUACCAUUGAUGGUAGCCUUGCCGAUGCCCACCCCCACCGGCGCAAAAAACUCUACUCGCCGUGCGCUCCGCUUUGUUACGAACCUUUAACUAUCCUAGUGAAGAUUCCGACAAAACACCUAUUUCCACUGUAUGCGGCUGCGCUUGGUCUGUGGUGAAUAGGGCUGGAAGGAAGAAAGGUAGACAAGAUGGACUCCGAUAACCGCUCGCAGGGUCCGAUUCACAACGGAUCCUCGAGACUUAACUUGAACCCCGCGCUCCUUCUUAAUCCAAAGGGCUAUGCCGGCCCAUCCCAAUCCCAAUCCCCCGUCCCGACCGCUCCCCAUAAUGGUAUCAACCGGUCUUUCAACGGCUCGAGCAACUCGCCCGAAGUCCAGUUCCAGUUCUCUAACCCGCAAGACAGCUUUACUGCCAACGGCCAUCCAGUCCAGUCCAAUGGCUACACUAUGCCAAACUCCAACAACUUCAAUAAUAUGAUCGAUCGGAUGAACAAUGUCGAACAGCGAACGUUUGCGCCCCAAUUAAAACGUCGCAAGCUUGAAUCGGAAGAUAGCAUGAGCUCUGUGGGCUCUUUUGGGGGUGGAGGUAGCGGGGACAUCGGGCAUUAUGUCAAUGAGAAGAGACGAGAGGCAACUAACCAACAACUACCAACCAGGCGUGUUGAAGCUGUUGAUCUCACUGAUGGUGUGGAAGAGAACGAUGUCGUGCUGCUACAAGCACCGAAAGAGGAGGAAGUUUGUUAUGGCAUGAUCCAGCACGCAAGACUAAAUUGCCAUAUGGUUCCGAGUCCUAAACCCGGCGCUAUUGCUCUUAUGCCAAGUUAUUGGCCCCAAGUCAAGAUAGUCCUCAGGCGAAAGCUCGGCGAGGCAGCUAAUACCAUUCUUGCCUACGAUUAUACGCGCAAAAUAGUCGGGGCCGUCGAUCCUGCCACAUCUUCUGGCCUUGCGGCGCUACUUGAUUCUCGCCUACAACUUCGAACCGACUGUAGAAUUCCUACAAGACAAGUUUUACAAGGAGAGGAAGCUGGGCAGCCGACUUCACGAAGUUACACCCUAGAUCUGAUGCUCUACGGUCCUCGAAAGAGCGGGAAAGCUGUUGCUAGACACCUCUCUCAUAAGAAUAUUUGGCUUCGUAAUCCACCAAGGGUCGACCCUGGUAUCAAAUAUGAAAAUCCACAACUCGUGGAGGGACCCAAGCCACCAGUCAUUGUCAAAGAUCAGUAUAGGACAGCCCCUGCUAUGAUUGCACCCCCCAUGAUGCGUAGUGUCGAAGAAGUGCGUUCUGAAGUCUUCGGAGUCUUUGACUCACUCACGAAGAGCGAAGAGCUUCCUGAGAUGGAACCGGAUGCCCGAAUUACAACGGAGUUGUUGAGGCACCAGAAGCAGGGUCUCUUCUUUAUGAGAAAUAAGGAGAAGCCCCGCCAGUAUGGUGAUGAUGGCAAAGCUGCUGAUUCUUUCUGGCAACUCCGUCUAGGAAACAACGGCCAGAAGACAUACUACAACGUAAUCACGGGGCUGCCGCAACGUGAGGCUCCCCCUGAAUCACUUGGUGGCAUUCUGGCGGAUAUGAUGGGAUUAGGAAAAACCUUGAGCAUCCUAUCUCUUGUUGCUAGCUCUUUGGACGAGGCAGUAGAGUGGUCACGUCUUGCUCCUGUUCAACCACAAGCCCCUCCUAUACCUAAAAAGAAAGGGAGCUCGUCGGGACAUUUCAACGUCCCUACACCCGAGCCCCUUGCUUUGACUCCUUUGAAGCAGAAUGGCAAAGCAACGCUCUUGAUAUGCCCCCUCAGCACGAUAACUAACUGGGAGGAGCAGAUCAAAGCUCACGUCAAGGCUGGACAGCUGACAUACUACAUCUACCAUGGAUCUAACCGCAUCAAAGAUCCCAGGAGAUUGGCUGAGUACGACAUUGUUCUAACGACCUACGGCUCUGUCUCAAGUGAGGUUCAAGCUCGAAACAAGGGUAGACCCGGCCCGUACCCUCUGGAAGAGGUAGGAUGGUUUCGUGUAGUCCUCGAUGAGGCUCAUAUGAUACGAGAGCAAUCGACGUUGCAAUUCAAGGCUAUCUGCCGCCUACAAGCUCAACGUCGCUGGGCGGUCACAGGCACUCCCGUGCAAAACAAAUUGGAUGACCUUGCAGCGUUGCUUGCUUUCCUCCGCCUAAAGCCGUUUGAUGAUAAGAGCAAGUUUACACAGUACAUCACGACCCCAUUCAAAGUCUGUGACCCAGAGAUUGUCCCCAAGCUUCGUAUCCUCGUGGAUAGUGUUACUCUUCGACGUCUGAAAGACAAGAUUAAUCUUCCCCCCAGAACGGACCAGGUCGUCCGGCUUGACUUUUCUCCUUCUGAACAAAAGCUUUACAACCUGUUUGAGAAGAACGCGGAAGAUAAAGUGCAGGUAUUGUCAGGAGGUAGAGAGAAGAUGAUUGGUGGCAAAACCUACAUUCAUAUUCUCCAAUCUAUCCUUAGGCUUCGCCAGAUUUCUGCACAUGGCAGGGAUCUCCUCAAUGAAGAAGACCUAGAAGCGGUACAGGGCCUGACCCAAGAGUCUGCUAUCGACCUUGAUAGUGACGAAGACGACGAGAAACCUGCCCUGGCAGAGUCAAGGGCAUACCGCGCCUUUGAUCUAAUGCAAGAGACCAACAGCGACCUAUGCUUUUCAUGCCAAAGAAGAGUUGGCUCAAACGAUGCUGCAGAUAUUGCCUCGGAGCGUGAAGAGGAUGUCCUCGGUUAUAUGACUGCUUGCUUUCAUCUUCUCUGUACUAGUUGCAUCUCGACCUGGAAAGAAGAAGUGGGGGAACGCGGCUCGGGCACAUGUCCCGUGUGUCAAUGCCAUGUCCGCUUUACCUACAACGAAAUCCGGAAAAGUCGAGCGGAUGUAGAACAUGAAGGACGCAAUCACCCACGUAAGCCUGAAGGCAAGAGCAAGGCGAAAGAUGACUAUUCCGGAUAUACUGGCCCUCAUACGAAGACCCGCGCUCUGGUUGCAGACCUCCUGAAGUCAGAAGCCGACAGCGAAGCCCAACCUGAUGAACCCCCCUUCAAAUCUGUGGUCUUCUCUGCCUGGACAACUCAUCUUGAUCUAAUCCAAAUCGCGUUGGACAAUGUCGGAAUCAAGUAUACUCGACUUGAUGGCAGCAUGAGCCGCCCUGCUAGAACUGCCUCUAUGGAUGCUUUCCGAGAGGACAACUCUGUACAUGUCAUAUUGGUCUCGAUCAAUGCUGGUGGUCUAGGUCUCAACCUUACCUCCGGAAACUUUGUAUAUGUGAUGGAGCCCCAGUACAAUCCAGCGGCAGAAGCCCAGGCCGUCGACCGUGUACACCGACUUGGCCAAAAGAGACCGGUCCGCACAGUCAGAUAUAUCAUGCGGAACAGCAUUGAAGAGAAGAUGAUUGAGCUCCAGGACAAGAAGAGAAAGCUUGCAAGCUUGAGUAUGGACCGAGAUCGGGUGAUGGACAAGGCGGAGGCAGCAAAACAGAAGCUCAUGGAUCUGCGUAGCCUCUUCAAGUAAGAAGUUAUCUGCUCCUAUGACGCACACGUGAUCUCCGAUCCCGUCACGAUUUUUCCCUUGCUACGACACCUUACGAUGAUUUUGGAGAUGAUUUUUCUACUCGGUGUUACUUUUUGAGGAUAAGGAAUGAGAAGAGCUGGUGGGUAUGAUGCGUUUGCAUUGGCACGGCGUUCCGGUUGCAUCUGAGAAGUUGAAGACUAUCAUUGGUGAGCAGGUCAUUAGCUAACGAGGCUGACCUCGACUCAAAUUGCACGGAUCCAGAUAAAAAGAUCGAAGAUGCUCUCACGAGAUGGUAUUGAUAUGAACAACUGCCAUCGGACUAGAUUGGGUCCGAGGCGAGGAAUGACUGCAAAGGGGGACCUUCACAUUUGGACAUUCAUCGAUUGACAUUCAUCGAUUGAAUCAUGCGUGUCGUUUGUUUUCUCACUAGUGGCCUGCAUUCGACUAUUGCGGAUGCUAUGUAUAGGCCAUAUAGGUAUUGCCUCCAGUAUCACAACGAUUGAGAUAUGAGGUUUGUAAUUUAGUUUUUCUUUGGAGACGAUACGAUGAGAUGAGAUGCGUUUCUUCCCCCCAACCCCCCCUGACUUUGGCCCGUUUACUAUUUACCUACCUAGCCACGAUAUAAGUCAGGAUCUUCCUUAGGUACCUAGAUUAGAUUACUACACUACCUACAACACAUACCUAUAC